UUUCAUUAUUUAUCGCAUUUACUGUAAACUCUACAAAUCUUCUAGGUGUGUGAAGACGUAAGUUUCACAUCACGUGAUGUAGGGCACACAACGAAGCGAAAUCUCCGCCAAAACGACAUCACGAAAUCCACACCUCCAUCAAUCUUUCUUUCCUCCUCGUCCCGCCCGCAACUUUCGAAUCCCAACCAGCACACCAAAAACCGCCAAAAUGGGUCGCGUCCGCACUAAGACCGUCAAGAAGUCCGCCAAGGUCAUCAUUGAGCGGUACUAUCCCAAGCUCACUCUAGACUUCGAGACCAACAAGCGCAUUUGCGAUGAGAUCGCUAUUAUUGCCUCCAAGCGUCUGCGCAACAAGAUUGCCGGCUACACCACCCACUUGAUGAAGCGUAUCCAGCGCGGCCCUGUCCGUGGUAUCUCCUUCAAGCUGCAGGAGGAGGAGCGUGAGCGCAAGGAUCAAUACGUCCCCGAGAUCUCGGCUUUGGACGUCUCGCAGACCGAGAGCGGACAGCUGGAUGUUGAUGCUGAUACCAAGGACCUGCUCAAGAGCCUCGGUUUUGAUGCCCUCAAGGUCAACGUCGUCCCAGUCAGCCAGCAGACGAGCGAUAACCGCCCUCGUCGCUAUGGCGGUGGCCGUUAAAUUCCCUCCGUUUCUAUGAAAAAAAUUGGUUGUUAAAAAGGUUUUCAUCUUAAGGUCGCAUGCAAUGAUGGAAUGAAAGGCGUUUUUCCCCCUCGUUUUAUUCCCCAUUUUUUUAGGGCGGGAACUGGACGGAUUGAAAACAGGAAAGAAAAAGGGCCGCUGUGAUCGACUGUCCCGCAUUGGAGUCAUCGUGCGACGCCCUCCUCUUUUUACUUUCAGUUUUUUUAUUGCAGGUUAACUCACGACAAACCGGACAAGAAUAUAAAGGGUAUUUAUCUCAAGACAAGGUGUCGCUGAUUCCUCACGGAUGAUGCUUGAUUGCCAAAAUUGUUCUUUUGUUUGCUUUUUCAAGUUUACCUCAACACCUUUUAAGAGGCGAGGCUGCUUGGAGUGACGCUCCUUGAAAAUUUAGCCUCACCAUUGCCUCAGUGCUCUUGAGGUAUGGUAUAGAUAAUAUUUAUUUUGGAAUGGACGAAAAACGGUAGGUCCUAGAUCAAUUGCUAGUUCGAUUGAUAUAUACUUGACUCAAAAACUUGCGGAUGUAGAUGUUAUCAUUGUUCGAAUAAAAAACCUUGGUAAACUCCUUUUAUCCCCUCCUGCAGAACCCGUUAUAGUGCACGCCGGAUAUGGCACCGCCUUUGGACGCACGCCUCAACGCGAAACAACAUUAAAUACGUUAAAUAGUAGGGAGGAUAUCAUCAUCUUCGUCGUCGUCGUCGUCGUCGUCGUCGUUUGGCGCAUGUUGCCUUGCGGUACCAAGUUGCUUCGUUGGCUCAAAGCCUUCAAUCGAGCCACCACAUAAAUCUUCCGCGUGCAACGAUGGAGGUUGAACCAUGGCUGCUUUAGUGCUUGUGCCCUGCUGUUUCUCCAAGAUAUUCACACCAACCCGUCCUGCAGCCAACCCGCGGUGGUUCGUAGCGCUAUCUCCUCUUUCAAUAGCAAGCGCGGCCUGGCCAGCCUCCCGAUCAUCACGAACAGCCAACUGCCCCAUCCCAUCCACAAUCGCCUCAGGUUCCAAGCUCUUAUCACUAAUCACCAGCCGGCGCAUAGCCUCUUCGACAUCACUCGCCCCCUUUACCUGCUCUUCCUGCACAACCUCCCCCCCGAUUUCACCCUCC